AUGCUCGACGAAAGCUUUCCGACCUACCGCGUACGGCCCUCCUCCGACAGCCCACUCCAGACGCUCGUCCACUUCACUCACAACGGAUCCGACCCCUCGGCCGAGUAUCUCCUCAAGAGACCCUCUCCGGUCGAGUCGAGAAACCAGUAUGCCGUCGGACUGCUCGACGCCCACUACGCCUCCGUCGUCUACGCCGAGGUCCUCAUCAAGCCCGAAUGGUCGCAGCCUACCCUUUCGGCGGCAGAGGUGCGCGCCAACGGCACGACGUCGCCCGUUCCCUUGACGCCAGACUCCUUCACCAUGUCCCUGUACAAUCCGGACCAGACCAUCGUCAUCAAGCACCGGCAGGGUAGCUGGGGAAAGUCGGACGUGUGGGAAUUCGAGAUGCCCGAGCGCAGCUUCAAGGUUCCGAGCGCGAGCCGCAUCGAUCAAGAUGGCGGCGAGAGCGAGGCACCCGACCUGACGCCCAAGGUCGUCUUUCGCUGGAAGCGCGACGGCAGGCUGAGCAAGGACCUGACCUGCUUCAUGUCCGGCCGCUGCGUCGGCGGCCAGAAGAACAAGGAACCCGACAUCACCGUCGCCAUGUUUCGCAUCGGCAGGAACGAGAGCAAGGUGACCAUCUACGAGCCCAACAUGCCCCGCGUCGACGUCGAGGACCGGAAGGGGCUCGAGGUCUCCUUCAUCCUGGGCGCCGAAGUCAUCCGGGACCUCUAUCUGGUCCCGCGGCACAACAUGUUCAACACGGCCGCCGCCGCCUCCGGACCGACGCACGUCAGCGGACCGAGGAAGAGCUCGAAUCCUCGCCCGAUGCCGGCGGGACAGAUGGCCUUUGCCUCCGGCGCCAUGGUCGACACGUCAAUGUCCCCGGCUGCCUCCUCGGCGUCCCGACCGCCACGGGUGGAGGCCACGUCUGCCGAGGAGAAUCGAAAAGCGCGCGAGCGCGAGAGGCGGGACGAGGAGGAGCAGAAGCGCAUCAGAAAGAUGCUCGAGAAGGAGGAAAAGGAGCGGCGGCGAAGAGAAGCCGAGGUGGAAAGGGAAACGGAGCGGCUCCGUAGAGAAUACGGCGUCCCGCCGCCGCCUCCGCCCCCGAGCGGUCCGUCGCCUGCGCUGCCACCAAGGGCUGGCGGCGGAGGUCGGCACUAUUCGACCAACUACACGACGAACAACGGGCCUUGGUACGGGGCUCAGGACAGACCGCCGCCGGUCCGGCCGAACAGCGCAGGACCGCCAUCGGCCCCGGGCGCUGGCGGACGGAGGAAGCAGUCCCCCCCGCAGGGUUCACACUUGGCCAGCUCGCAGGGGGGGUCGUCGGGAACGGGCGUCAGCAGCUUCUUCCACCGGUCGGAAGAGGAUAAGCGGAAACGGGUGCAGAAGCGCAGCGUGUACUUUUGA